AUGGGCCUACCCCUCGGCCAGGGCCACCACCAACGGAAGCUGCAGGCUCUGGCCCGGCGCCACGGCUCAAUCUUCCUCCUCCGCCUCGGCUCCGUCCCCACGCUUGUGGUCUCCUCGCCCUCCCUGGCCGACGCCGUGCUCAGGACCCAGGACCACAUCUUCUGCAAACGACCACAGCCGCACACGGCCCGCGGCACGCUCUACGGCUGCUGGGACAUGGCCUUCGCGACCUACGGUGAGCGCUGGCGCCAACUCCGCCGCAUCGCCGUCAUGCACCUCCUCAGCGCGAAGCGCGUCGACUCCUUCCGCUCCCUCCGGCUAGAGGAGGCCGCGGGCUUCGUGGAACGGAUCCGCGGUCAACGUGAGCGAGCUCAUCAUCAGCUGACCAACACCACCGUUGUCUCGAGAGCGGCGUUCGGGAACAAGCUCAAAGAUUGCUGCACUAGCCAAUUGAACCAAAACCUCGGCGGGCUGGAGCCAGCCAAGGUCCGCGGCAUGAUGAAAGAGCUCACGGAGCUGCUCCGGUGGGUGGACUGGGCGACGGGUCUCGACGCGAGGGUGAAGAAGACUGCGGCUGAGCUCGACGGUAUGGUCGAGAGGACACUGGCGGAGCAUGAGGCGAGCCGAGGAAACGAAGACAACAGGGAGGCUGGCGACCUCCUCGACGGUCUGCUCUCAAUCUUUAAGGAUGGUGAUCAGGGGUUCACGCUGGACAGGAUUGAUGUCAUUAUGUCAAGGCGCUCAUAUUGGUAA